AUGACUCUCUCAACCCCGUUGGCCGUUGCCCUGCUGGCCUUGUGGACGGCCUCACCGGCCACCGCGACGGCUGUGUCUGCGGCUGCAUCCGCGUCUGCGUCGGUCACCAUCCCCGUGGCUGCGACUGCCGUGGCUGCGACCAACCCCAUCGCCAACGCUCCGUUCUUCCCCAGCGAGACGCUGCAGCUGACGGACGGGGUCCUCGCCCGGGUGCAGGCCGCCCUGGGAUCCGAGGCGGCGGCUCUGUUUGAUUUUGGGAGCAGCACGAACGCCUCCAGCCUGUCGCUCCCCCGUCCAGGGACCUGCAAGCUGCUGCCCGACGACGCCGCGUGGCCAGCUCCAUCGACCUGGUCCGUGUUCGAUCAGCUGCUUGGCGGUGCCCUGAUCAAGACCGUCCCGCUGGCCGCGUCCUGCUCGCCCUCGUGGCCGCAGUACAACCAGACGGCCUGCGACGCGGUGUCAGAUGAGUGGACCCUGCCUGCCCCCGACCUGGCGUCCGGGUCGUCGUGCACCCUGGGCGGCUACAGCAGCUACGCGGUCAACGUGAGCACCGUCGCGCAGGUGCAGCUGGCCGUCAACUUCGCGCGCAACGCGGGACUGCGCCUGGUGGCCAAGAACACCGGCCACGACUUCAACGGCAAGUCCACCGGCGCGGGGGCGCUGGGGGUGUGGACCCACCACCUCAAGGAGCUCGCCUACUAUGAGCACUACCGCCUCGGCAACUACAGCGGCCCGGCGGUCAAGAUGGGCGCCGGCAUCCAAGCGUUCGAGAUCUACGAGAAGGCCAACGCGUUGGGCGUGACUGCGGUGGGGGGCGAGGGCAAGACCGUCGGGGUGGCCGGGGGGUACGUCCUCGGGGGCGGCCACUCGCCCCUGUCGAGCCGCUACGGGCUGGCGGCCGACCAGGUGCUGGCGCUCGAGGUCGUCCUGGCGGACGGUCGCUUCGUGACGGUCACGGAGCAGUCGGACCCCGACCUCUUCUGGGCGCUGCGUGGCGGCGGAGGGGGGACCUACGGCAUUGUGACCUCCCUCAUCUCGCGCGUCUACCCCAAGUUGCCGGUGACCGUCUCGACCUUCUCGUUCACCACCGGGGCCAACGUGUCCGUCGACACCUUCUGGGCCGGGGUGCGCGCGUACAUGCAGCGCUUCCCCGUCAACGCGGACGCCGGCACGUACGCCUACUUCUGGGUCAUGUCGACGGGCCCCGACGCCUUCGAGUUCCUGAUGAACCCCUUCUUCGCCGUCAACCACACCGUCGCCGAGUUCGACGCCCUGAUGCGCCCGUGGUUCGCCGAGCUGGACCAGCUGGGCAUCGGCUACCAGCCCAACACCACGUACUACGACAACUUCUACGCCGCCUGGGACGCCGGCUUCCCGCUGGAGACGGUCGGCACGGUGACCAUGAUGACCGGCUCGCGCCUCUUCCCGCGCGCCAACUUCGAGGAUGCCGCCCGCUUCAACCAGACCUUCGCCGCGCUGCGGGCCACCGUCUCGGCCGGAUACCCCCUGCUGGCCUUCAACCUGAAGGCCGACCUGCCGACCGGGUAUGCGGACAACGCGGCCAACCCGGCCUUCCGCCAGACCCUCAUGCACGCCAUCACCUCGACCAGCUGGACGAGCAACGCCUCCCGCCCCGCCAUCCGCCAGCAGAUGGACCACUUCACGGACGUCGUGCUGGGCGAGUGGCGGCGCACCUGCCCCGAGGCGGGCGCCUACAUGUCCGAGGCCGACGUGCUGGAGCCCCACUUCCAGCAGGCCUUCUACGGAUCCAACUACCCCCGGCUGUACGCCCUGAAGCAGCGGUACGACCCCACGGGGCUGUUCUUUGCCCCGACGGGCGUGAGCAGUGAGAACUGGCACGUCCAGAGCCUGGACGGCUUGCCCGAUCAGAAUGGGCGCCUCUGUCGCGUGUAGUCAUCGACAUCCGCUUAUGUAUGUAUAUUCUUUGUAUCACAAUUGAACAGUAUGCGUGUCCCACCAUGGAUGAUGGUACUUAUUUUUCACACGUAUCUUACCUGGGUGAUAUCUCUCUCCGUAGAGGCAUGUCCCAGGAGACCUCGGGCCGUACGUGGAACAGUCAUUUCGUCGGGGACGGAAAGCUCAUCGCCCAGGGCUCGUAAUCCUCCGCCAUGAAGACCUCCUGCAAGGCCCGCCGACGGACCCCGACAUUUCCCCCGUCGAAGAUGGGCAGUGCCAGCGCCGUGGACAGGAACCGCCCGAACGGCCUCUCCGCAUUGUAUGCCGAUCUAGGGCCCCGUUAGCGACCAUCGUAGGGCAAUCGAGAGGGAGGCAACCUACACGCCGACGGCAUUGAUCGCCCCGAGGCACGACUGCA